CAUAGAAUUACAAAAGCUCGUGAAUAAGAAUUUUUUCGUUCAGUAUUUAAGAACAUCGGACACAGACAGUUUCUCAUUGAUAAUAGUCUAGGAAAACAUUUAAAUAUUGUUUGUUUAUUAUUUAUAAACAACGUCGAAGGAAUGCUGGGCAAAGGAAUAUGUUUAAUGUUGUGGCUUUCCGUCGCCGUGAACGCUAGCUUCGAUCCAGAUGAAAUUUGUGGAUUACUUUCGAACGGUACACGUAUCAAAGAUCCUCGCGCCUGUAAUGCAUGGAUAACAUGUAUUGAUGGAGUACCUUACGCUGGCACCUGUCCAGAUGAUCUCUUUUACGAUCGUAACACAUAUACUUGUGUCAAUUCGACCAGUAUAAAGUGCAUUUCAAGUAAUCCAUGUGCGACUUUGACUGAUGAAACCGGUUUUGCAGCUGAUCCUUAUGCUUGCGAUGGCUACUAUUAUUGCAAUAAUGGCACAGCAGCACACGGCGUAUGCCAAACGGGUUAUAAUUUCAAUCCUGGAACGAAUGACUGUAUUCGAGGUUAUGCCUGCGCAAUAACAAUGAGCCCGGAUAGUUAUUGCAACAUUCUGCCCGACGGCGUGUUUAUCAAAGAUCCAAACAAUUGUGUGGGUUAUCAGCUAUGCUGGAAUGCUCAAGUAUUAAGUCGCGAAUGCCCAGAUGGCUAUUACUAUAACGCGCUUAUGGCUGACUGUGAUUAUCCAUCCAAUGUGAACUGUACCGAAACAUCAACCACUUUACCAGAUAUACCGGUUUCUGAAUUGUGCAAUCAGACUGGCAUAUUUGUAUCAGAUCAGUCUAGUUGCAAUGGCUAUUACUACUGCGCUACGGGAACUGUAAACGGCACGUCUAGUAUAGUGUUACAGCAUGGGAUUUGUCCAAACGGAAGAUUCUUUGAUGCGUCAAACGGUGGCGAAUGUGUACCACGCACUAAUAUCGCAUGCAACUAUAAUAAUUGUGUUGGUUUGGCUAGUAAUAAAAUCGAGUUGGUUAACGUAGUAAAUGACGGCUGCCAUGGAUACACAAUUUGUCAAGAUGGCGUGUCCAUCGGCAAUGGCACUUGCCCUAACAGUGGUUACUUCGAUGAGCUUAACCAGUCUUGUACAAAUGAGACUAUCAGCUUCGCAGCAUGUGCCACUUCAUAGUCCACAAAUAUAUAAAUUUAAUAUAAGUAUUUAUUUCAACAUAAUAGUUAAUAUUUUUAUAUAAAAAUGGCUGGCAUUCUCGUGUGAAUAACCUUUUUGGGUGAGUGGCUCGCAGCCUAACUUCUACUCACAUACAUUAAUGAAUUAUUAUUAAUGAAUUCCAAUCCAUGUGUCAUAACUAUACUAUGCUUAAUCAACUUAUUUAGAGAUAAAAUGAUUGCGAAGCAUCAAUGAUAAUAUAUCGAAGCAAAACGAGUGCGUUUUUAAGUGAUAACUGAAUUUAAUGAAAUGUAGUAAACAUAUUUUUUAUAGGAAAUUAAUUAUUUGUUGUUGCUUUUUUAAGUUAUUUUGUAUUAUCAUACCGCGAUGGCAGAAACUGGGUAUAAGUAUUGAUUAGAUAAUUAGUUCUUGGAAUACGUAAAGGUAUAUAAAUAAAAUGAAGAAUUAGAGAACUCUGGCCGACAUGACUGACUAAUUCAAGUGCAAUGUCAACACUCGAAUUGAAGCAAUAUGUAUUGUUGUAUACAAAGUUAUUAUUAUAUACAAAGUUUUACUUCCAUAUCUUCAGUGUUACGAACAACUUUUAGCUGCAUUAAACUAACGGGACUUUCGAGAAGUAUAUGCCAAUAUUAUAACAGUGCUUUUUCCAAACAACUUCAACAGUUAGCAACCGGCAAGAUCUUCGGUCUCACCACAUGCACGCCCACUGUGCCCGGUUAGCACCUUCAGAACUAGUGAAACUGCCACCUUGUAUGUCAUUAGAUCAAUGAUGAGUUUAAUAAAGAAAUUACAUAUA